CAAGCAAAGUGAUACUUGGAAACAGUACUACUUUAUGUUUAAUCACAGAUCUAGAAAUUGACUUCUUCUUCUUGGAUAUGAAAUCGUAAGCUAUUUGCCCUUCAAUAUCAAUUUUUGGUUGUGAAUUUGAAUUUAAUAACAUUUUAAUGCGGAUACGGACCACGUGUAAAAACAAAACAAAAAAGUGAUACUUGACCCAUAUAUAUAUAUAUACUUUUCAUUCACCAUCACAACAUUCCAGAAAUGCUCUGUUUGUCGUAGUAUGCGCCAUCUUCCAGUCCGCAAGCUCUGAAUCUCAUACUCCAAAGCUCCUUCAAACAUAAAAAUUUAGAGUCCUAACUCUUGAUUUGUUCUUCGUUUUUUCCCGAAUUGAGUGGAUGGUUGCUGUUACUGCUCGGUACCCAUUUGGUAUCUGCCCUCAAUUCCAUGGAAAUUCGAAGUUACUUUCCCCAGAAACGGACUUCUCCGCUCUCAAUUUUCCUUCCAGACAUGGAUAUUCAAGAUUAAAUCUUCAACCAAAGGGUCACGUUGCUGAAAUACAUUCUUUGCCACAUGCCGGUGAUUUCACUGGUGAAAAUGAGCCAACACCAAUUCUUGAUGCAAUUGAAAGUCCCAUGAACCUAAAGAAUUUAUCAACUAAGGAACUGAAACAACUAGCUAAUGAAAUUCGAUCAGAAUUAUCUUUUAUCAUGGCAAAAGCUCAAAAACCUUCGAGAUCCAGUCUGACCGUGGUGGAGCUGACUGUUGCUAUUCACCAUGUAUUUCAUGCCCCUGUGGACAAAAUAUUGUGGGAUGUGGCUGAACAAACAUAUGCACAUAAACUUCUCACUGGAAGGAGGCAAAUUAUGCAAACACUUGGAAAACCAAAUGGCAAUCCUGUGGCAGCGCCAGAUUUUGAGAGCGAAUUUGACCCCUUCGGAGCAGGGCAUGGAUGCAACAGCAUAUCUGCUGGACUUGGAAUGGCCAUUGCCCGAGAUUUUAAGGGGAAGCGUGAUCGUGUAGUGGCAGUGAUCAACAAUGAAACAAUUAUGGCCGGCCAAGUUUAUGAGGCAAUGAGAAAUUCAGGCUCUUUGGACUCAAAUAUGAUUGUGCUAUUAAAUGAUAGUCGGCAUUCUUUACAUCCAAAGGUUGAGGAGGCCUCUAAAACACCUAUUAAUGCUUUGUCAAGUACUCUCAGCAAACUUCAGUCAAGUAAACUUUUCCGGAGGUUUAGAGAACUUGCUAAGGAAUUAACUAAGAAAAUCGGGAAAGGCAUGUAUGAAUGGGCAGCCAAGGUUGAUGAGUAUGCACGUGGUAUGAUUGGCCCACCAGGAUCAACCCUCUUUGAAGAGCUUGGCCUUUACUACAUUGGGCCUGUUGAUGGACACAAUAUUGAAGAUCUAGUAUGUGUUCUGAAUGAAGUGGCAUCUUUGGAUUCAAUGGGUCCUGUUUUAGUUCAUGUUAUAACCAAGGAAGAAAUGGAAGUAGGAGACAAUCAAAUGAAUGCAGUUGCAAAUAAAAUUAUGGAAGGUAUAUCUAGCUCAGACACUAUACCUUGUGGCACUCGAACAUAUAGUGAUUGCUUUGUAGAGUCCCUAAUAUCAGAGGCAGAGAGACACAAAGAUAUUGUAGCCAUUCAUGCAGGCAUGGGAAUGGAGCCAUCACUUCACUUGCUGAAGAAUGUCUUUGCAGAGAAGUUUUUUGAUGUUGGGAUGGCCGAACAACAUGCGGUGACAUUUGCAGCUGGAUUGGCAAGUGGAGGGCUGAAGCCGUUCUGCAUAAUUCCUUCAGCUUUCCUGCAAAGAGCCUAUGACCAGGUCAUCCAUGAUGUAGAUCGUCAGAAGGUUCCCGUGCGUUUCAUUAUUACAAGUGCUGGAUUAGUAGGAUCUGAUGGUCCUGCACAUUGUGGGGCAUUUGAUAUAGCAUUUAUGUCCUGUUUGCCAAACAUGAUUGUGAUGGCUCCUUCUGAUGAAGUUGAGCUUUCUCAUAUGGUUGCAACUGCCGCCCUUAUUGAUGACAGGCCGGUUUGCUUCCGCUACCCUCGUGGCGCCCUUUCAGUUAUGGAACAUUCAUUUGGUAGUGGAAUUCCCAUUGAGGUUGGCAAAGGGAGAAUACUUACAGAGGGUAAAGAUGUUGCUUUACUUGGCUAUGGAUCCAUGGUACAGAAUUGUCUAAGAGCUCAAUCGCUUCUUUCAAAGCUCGGUGUUGAAGUGACAGUAGCUGAUGCAAGAUUCUGCAAGCCUCUUGACAUUAAACUUCUUAGGCACUUAUGCAAGAACCAUUCCUUUCUAGUUACAGUCGAGGAAGGCUCAAUAGGAGGAUUUGCAUCACAUGUAGCACAGUUCCUCUCACUCGAUGGGCAGCUUGAUGCAGGAAUUAAGUGGCGACCAAUCACUUUACCUGACAACUAUAUCGAGCAAGCAUCACCAAAAGAGCAGCUUGCUGUUGCAGGGUUGACUGGAAAUCACAUAGCUGCAACUGCACUAAGUCUGCUUGGCCGUACUCGAGAAGCUCUUAUUUUGAUGUGCUAAAUUCUAUUUCUUUGUUCUUUUAUAGUGUAAAUAUUUAAGGCCUUCCUAUUCCUACUUAUGAAGUGUAGAAGUGGAAAAUAAGAAGUGGGGAAAGGAAAUAAACAGGACGAGAGAGUUUGUGACAGGAAAGAAGCAGUCUAUUUCUGAGAAUAGGUGCAACAAUGUACCAUAGACAAAAUGUGAUCCACUGUAUGAGUUCCCCCACCCCCACACACUCUUCCAACUAUAAUACUCCUCAUUUCUUGAGUGACAAAUGGCCAUUGGCCAUUGGUAUAUCUGUAAUACCAGGAAAGGAUGGAAAAAAGAAAAGAAAAGAAAGUUGACAAUGCUACUGCCAUAACAAUAAUCUCUUGUGGUUUGUCAUUAUUGAGAAAGUUAGUCACUGAGACACUGGGAGAUUUAAAAGAAUGCUGGAGCAAUCGUCAUAAGUAAUUUUCUAGGCUACUGUAUGAGUUCUCCUACAAUGCCCUCAAAUUUGUGUACAUGUGAAGAAUUUUAUAAUUAAAAUUUUCAAAAUUUCA